AGAGAGCGACGUCACUUGGCGUCACUCCUGAGCGCCAGGCGGCCUGGUCAAAGGCAAUGGUGGCCGGCUGAACCUUGCAGAACCUGAACGCAUUCAUGGCGCUGAGAGCACUGACCCGUGCCCUGGGCUCCCUGAACCUGGAGUCUCGGUUCGCUGCAGCCCAGGUGACAAACAAUGCCUUCCUCCAGCUAUCCUCUGCCUCAUUGUUGCCUCCCUGUCGUCCAGUCCUUACCUCUGUGGCCCUUAGUGCUAAGUUUGUUUCCUGGAAGAGUCAUACCAAGUACACUGUUACACCUGUGAAGAUGAGGAAAUCUGGGGGCCGAAACCACACAGGCCGAAUCCAAGUGCAUGGUAUUGGUGGUGGCCACAAGCAACGCUAUCGAAUGAUCGACUUCUUGCGGUUCCGACCAGAGCAAGAAACCAAGCCAGGACCCUUUGAAGAGAAAGUCAUCGAUGUCCGAUAUGACCCUUGUAGGUCAGCAGAUAUUGCUCUGGUUGCUGGAGGCAGCCGGAAACGCUGGAUCAUUGCCACAGAAAACAUGCAGGUUGGAGAUGUAAUCCUGAGCUCUGACCAGAUAGGCCGAAUGGCAGUUUCUGCUCGGGAAGGAGAUGCACAUCCUCUUGGGGCCUUGCCUGUAGGGACCCUGAUCAACAAUGUGGAGAGUGAACCAGGCCGGGGCGCUCAGUAUAUCCGAGCUGCAGGGACAUGUGGUGUGCUGCUGCGGAAGGUAAAUGGGACAGCCAUCAUUCAGCUGCCUUCCAAGAGGCAGAUGCAGGUGCUAGAAACGUGCAUAGCAACAGUGGGCCGCGUAUCCAAUGUUGAUCACAACAAACGAGUCAUCGGCAAGGCUGGACGAAACCGCUGGUUGGGCAAGAGGCCUUCCAGUGGUCUGUGGCAUCGCAAAGGGGGUUGGGCUGGUCGUAAGAUUCGUCCGCUGCCGCCCAUGAAGAGUUAUGUGAAGCUGCCCUCAGCUGCUUCCCAAAGCUAAUAUUCCUAGACUCUAAUAAAAUGCUGCCUUCUGUU